GGGCUCAGAGCGCGGCGCGGGCGGGCGGGGGAAGCAGCAGCGGCAGCGCGGGGCCGGGCGCUGUGAGGAGACCGCGCGGGGACCGUGAGGGAGCCGUGAGGGGACCGUGAGGGAGCGGUGAGGAGGGAGAGCAGCGGCCCGGCCGGGCGGGCUGCGGGUGAGGCUGCGCUCCCGGCUGCGUUCUAUGAGCGCGAAGAUGGAGCCGACGUUCUACGAGGACGCGCUGAGCGGCGGCUACGCGCCGCCGGAGAGCGGCGGGUACGGAUACAAUAACGCCAAGGUGCUGAAGCAGAGCAUGACGCUCAACCUGGCCGACCCCGGCAGCAACCUGAAGCCGCACCUGCGGAACAAGAGCGCCGAGCUGCUCACCUCGCCCGACGUGGGCCUGCUGAAGCUGGCCUCGCCCGAGCUGGAGCGCCUGAUCAUCCAGUCGAGCAACGGGCUGAUCACCACCACGCCGACCCCCACGCAGUUCCUCUGCCCCAAGAACGUGACGGACGAGCAGGAGGGCUUCGCCGAGGGCUUCGUGCGGGCGCUGGCCGAGCUGCACAACCAGAACACGCUGCCCAGCGUCACCUCGGCCGCGCAGCCCGUCAGCGGGGGCAUGGCACCUGUGUCCUCCAUGGCCGGUGGGGGUGGGAGCUUCAACGCCGGCCUGCACAGCGAGCCCCCCGUCUACGCCAACCUCAGCAACUUCAACCCCAACGCGCUCAGCUCGGCGCCCGGCUACAACGCCAACGGCAUGGGCUACGCGCCGCAGCACCACCUGAACGCCCAGAUGCCCGUGCAGCACCCCAGGCUCCAGGCUCUGAAGGAGGAGCCGCAGACUGUCCCCGAGAUGCCGGGGGAGACCCCUCCGCUGUCCCCCAUCGACAUGGAGUCGCAGGAGAGAAUCAAAGCCGAGCGAAAGCGCAUGAGAAACAGGAUCGCCGCGUCCAAGUGCCGGAAAAGGAAGUUGGAAAGGAUUGCCAGGUUGGAGGAAAAAGUGAAAACUUUGAAAGCCCAGAACUCAGAGCUGGCAUCCACUGCCAACAUGCUCAGAGAACAGGUUGCACAGCUUAAGCAGAAGGUCAUGAACCAUGUCAACAGCGGGUGCCAGCUAAUGCUCACACAACAGUUGCAAACGUUUUGAAGAGACUGGCUUUAAAAAAAACGCGAACUGUGAUAUUGUGGUAUAACUCAACGACAGACCCGAAGCGGCAGAUGCGUGAAGCUGAUGGUAAGAGCUGAAAGGCUGAGUCCUGCCUGUGCUCUGCAAAGCGCAUGUGUGGAAAGACUGGCAAGCCUUCAGCCCGAGUUGGCGAAGCAGCCAGCACCGCUCCGAGAAGUGCUGUUCCUGCUCAGAGACGUCAGAUCUUCGUUUAACAUUGACCAAGACCUGCAUGGACCUAACAUUCGAUGAUCAUUCAGUAUUAAAGGUUAAACUGCAAUAGAAACUGUAGAUUGCUUUAUGUAGUAUUCCUUAAGAAAAAAAAAAAAAGUGGGAGGGAGGUUUUGUGGGGAGGCUGAUAAACAAAAAAGAACUGUUCUGCCUGCCUUCAAGUAAAUCGUGUAUGUACAUAUCUUUUUUUAUUUUAUUUUAUGAAAGUUGAUUAAUGUCAAUAAACUACUUCAUGACUUUGUAAGUUAUUUUUAUGUUGUUUAUUUGGGCGCUGCCCAGUAUUGUUUGUAAAUAAGAGGCUUUUUUUUAGCACUCUGAGUUUACCAUUUGUAAUAAAGUAUAAUUUUUUUAA